AUGGUCAUCGUACAACUGCCGCCGAUCUUCGGACCCGACCGGCCCUUCCCCCCUCCCAUCGUCGAUGUUCUCAACGGAUACCAUCGAGAGAAUGGCGCGCGGGUGCCGCCGUUCGCAUACAAAGGCCGACCGGUGUCUCAAUCCAAGGUGUUUGAUCGGCAGGGCAAGGAAUUGGAUCUGUCGCUCUUUUCCAUCCUGGAGCCCUGCCCAUAUAAAGUCCUGGUGCUUCAUCACCCCGGCGAAUGGGACCGCUUGGUGACGUGUCAUUUGCCAUAUACCUCGAAACAUGGGACAUACUUGGUGGCGUGGUUAGGGGUCGAAAAGGGGUACGAGGCGGACUGCUGCGCCGUGAGGAUCUUCAAUCGUGAUCUGAAUGCGAUUCGGUUUUCGGACGAAAAGAAAGAUACGUCGACGAGAUCUACGCCUAGGAGGAGGGUGGUUGAGGCGGCACGAAAGGCGAACGGGGUGAAUGGCACGAAUGGUACGAAUGGCACUGCGAAUGGCGCUACGAAUGGCAGGACUGCCAAUGCCGGCAUAGCCAACAAAAAUGGCACAUCCAAUUCUCAGGCGAAUGCGAAUGCGAAUGCGAAGACCAAUACCACCGCGAACGCCGCCGACUCCGAAAGCGAAUACGAAACGGAUUCUGGGUCAGACGAGAGCGAGGAGACGUCAGACGAAGAGGAAUCCUCAUGUCUGCCGCCCACGAAGAAGGUCAAGACCGCACCAGAGAGGCCCAUUGCACUGUCGACCCAAGGCUCGGUGUCUCCCGCGCAGCAGCGCGCCCUGCCCGACCCGACCCGCCUCGCCCCUGAAGACGCCUACUUCUCGCAGGCGCUGACGCGCACGCGAUCGGCCGACGGCGACUACGAUGACUCGGUUGGCGUGCUGAACGGCGCCGCGUCCGUCGCCCUGCGACCGGCGCCCGCGGUGCCCGGACGGAAGGACUCCCGAAAGGUGCGAGGCACAAGCCGACGCCGACGGAAGGGGGCGUGGAAGAAGCUUCUCUGGGUGAAGCAGUCGUAUCCCGAUAAUUACACCGACACCGAAACCUUCCUCGAUCAUCUCCAGCGGAACCCGCGCGUGCGGCCCUACGACUUCUGGCCGCUGGUCGCCGACUCGACCGUCAUUGUGCAGCAUGUCUGCUCGGUGAUCAUCUUCGUGUGCUGCUUCGUGGGCAUCGUGCAGGGGCGCGUCAGCCCCGUGUCGGUCGUCUGCUGGGGCAGCGCCGGGUCCGCGAUCGGCUGGAUUCUCUGGGACUCGUGGAUGCUACGGGAACACGGGGAGGGUUCCAGCUCGAUGACUAGCUCGGGGAAUCCGUCCGGGGUGUGGUCGCACGGGCAGAAGGACGGACAGGUGCAUGGGUUGGGUUUGAGCAUGAAUGAGACGGGAGAGGGGGGUGAAAGCGGCGUCCAGGAUCCGCAGCAGCAGCAGCAGCAACAGCAGCAGGGUCCGUCGAGCCAAUCGAAUGGGUUGGUCGGUCGGUUUGACGCCAGUAAAUCGUCGCUGUUGUCGGCGCGGAACCGCCAGCGACUGUCGACGGUCAAGUCGGCGUUUCUGAUCUACUGCGCGCUGCUGGGGCUCAGCCCGAUCCUGAAGUCGCUGACGAAGUCGACGGCCAGCGACUCGAUCUGGACGCUCAGCUGCUGGCUGCUCAUCAUCAACAUCUUCUCGUUCGACUACGGCAGCGGCGAGGGCGCCGGGGCGACGAAUUUCCCGGCCUCGUUGUCGACCAACGCGGCGGUGAUGGCGUCUACGGUGCUGGCGUCCCGGCUGCCGUCGACGACGCACGUGUUCAGUCUCAUGCUGUUCUCCAUGGAGGUGUUUGGCCUGUUCCCCAUCUUCCGGCGACAGCUGCGACACAUCUCGUGGACGGGACAUGUGUUUCUGACGCUGGUCCUGGUGAUCGUCGCCGGGGGGGCAGUGGGCAUCACGCUGCGCGGCGGAUGGAUGGCCGCGGUGGUGGGCUCGAUCCUAGGCAGCAUGCUGACGGCGCUGACGAUGGGCGGGUGCAGCUGGUGGCUGAUCAGCCUGCAGAAGUACAAGAACGUGGUGAUCGGCCCUUGGGAUCCGGCACGACCGAUCAUUCGACGCUGGGACUGA